AGCUGGCGAACCGGUUGAAAUUCGUGCUCCGCCCCAUAACUACAAUGGCCACGUACGAACAGGUUAAGGAUGUGCCCAACCAUCCGGAUGUGUAUCUUAUCGACGUUCGACGGAAGGAAGAGCUCCAGCAGACGGGCUUCAUUCCAGCCAGCAUCAAUAUACCCUUGGAUGAACUGGACAAGGCUCUAAAUCUGGAUGGAUCUGCUUUUAAAAACAAGUACGGAAGAUCGAAGCCGGAGAAGCAGUCGCCAAUCAUAUUCACCUGCCGGUCGGGAAAUCGAGUCUUGGAAGCAGAGAAAAUUGCCAAAAGUCAGGGAUACAGCAAUGUGGUGAUCUACAAAGGCUCCUGGAAUGAAUGGGCUCAAAAGGAGGGACUUUGACGAUAAACGUCGCUAUAUUUCUGAAUAAAUGAAGAUUAAUAUUAAUUAAUUAAUUAAUUAUUAAUAGCUAAAAAAAACAGAAAACUUUAAUUAUUUGUUAAUAUUAAGCUGUAUUUUUCAUAUAUCUCAAGUUCUUGACUACACCCAUGGCAAGCUUAUCAAUACACACACGUAUACACUCGCACUCAGAAAGCUGUGCACUCCCACAAAACUUUCUCUCUCCCACUCUCUAAUGGAGCUCUCUCAAUCUGUCUCUCUGCGUAUGGAAACUGACCUUCCCCAAGGCGCAACAGCGAGAGAGAACUUCGCUAAAUGCUAAAAUAAAAGGUAAAUAAAGUAAUAUUUGGACACCCAGAGAGCCCCAGAAACUUCCACGGAGUUCGCUAAAGAACAGUGAACAACCCCUAACUAAAUGCCAUUGCCCGAUUUCAGGCAAAGUGGAAAAUUGCAUCAGCAAAGGGCGAAGAAAAUUCGAGAGAGUGCCGGUAUUUUCUAGAUUAUAUGGAUUUCCUCUCUGCCAAGAGUAUAAAUAGCCACCGGUUGGACACUGCGCUCUCAGUUCAAAAAAACCAAACCAACUGCUAACAACUCGAAGAAAGUCAACUAAAUUAAAAUUUCGCCAGCUAAAUAGAAAUUUCAUAGGAUUGAAACUUCAGACAACAAGAUUAUCUUCGAAACAUAGAGGAAAAAUUUAAAAAAAAGCCAAGAAGUAUUUCAAAGACAACAAUUGGACGGAAUUUCAUCAAAUUAUUCGAAUUUGCAUAAGAAGCUUUUGUUGGAAAAACCAAGUUACCUUAUUAACUACAAUGCGUUCCUUACCGAUGUUUUGGCGCAUGGCCGAGGAGAUGGCACGGAUGCCACGCCUCUCCUCGCCCUUUCACGCCUUCUUCCACGAGCCGCCCGUUUGGAGUGUGGCGCUACCGAGGAACUGGCAGCAGAUUGCCCGCUGGCAGGAGCAGGAGUUCGCUCCGCCGGCCACCGUCAACAAGGAUGGCUACAAACUCACCCUGGACGUCAAGGACUACAGCGAGCUAAAGGUCAAGGUGCUGGACGAGAGCGUUGUCCUGGUGGAGGGAAAAUCAGAGCAGCAGGAGGCCGAACAAGGUGGCUAUAGCUCCAGGCACUUCCUCCGCCGCUUCGUCCUGCCGGAAGGAUACGAGGCGGACAAGGUGACCUCAACGCUGAGCAGCGACGGCGUCCUGACCAUCAGUGUGCCCAAUCCUCCAGGCGUGCAGGAGACACUCAAGGAGCGUGAGGUGACCAUCGAGCAGACUGGCGAGCCGGCAAAGAAGUCCGCCGAGGAGCCAAAUGACAAAGCCGCCAGUCAGUAGAAAUAAGUUAAGAUUAUACUAAAACCGAUAAAAUGCUAGUGAACUCCUAUGUUUAGAUAUUCCAAAACCUAUCAAAUUUAAGUUCUUGUUAAAUUAACAAGUUAAUUUUAAAACAAUUGUGAUUCGGUAGCCCGCAAGCCCAAUAUUUUUAUGUAGAAGAAAAUAAAUAUUCGAAAAGACUAUAUGAUC